UUGGCGUUCUUGGAUGAUAUUAUGCUUCAUCUAGCAUUUGAUUGAUUUGUUAUUUAUAUUUUUAGAGAGCUUUUAUGUGUGUGGGUUUUUUCUCUUUUCUAUGUGAUUUGGACUUCUUUAGCUCUCUGUCGUAAUAUAAUACAGUUUUUAUUAUAACAUUUUUAGAAAGAGAAAGAGAGAGAGAGAGAGAGAAUCGUUAAUGGAUCAUAGUGCGUUAUCGAAAAUACCAGUUAACAAAAGAUUGAUUUAAAGAUCAGUGAUAUUUUUGUGUGAUUUUAAUUAAUAACAGCUGACCGUUUCUUACAUCUUUACUUGUUCAUUGUACCAUCAUCUUUCAUCGUACUUCUCAGGAUAAUGGCUAAUCAUGAAGAAGACAAAAGUGAAGGUUCUGCCGAAAUGGAGGUUGAAAACGAAAGAGAAGAAUCUGAGGAGCCUGACAAGAUAUUAAUUAUAGAUCCUAAUAGCGAAGAACUAGAUUUCAACCAUUCAAGAUUAACCAAACUGGAAAAUCUAGAGCCACUGACACAAAUACGCAGAUUAUGUUUUACAUGGAAUCUUAUAAAGAAAAUAGAAAAUCUUGAUACGCUUACUACUUUGGUGGAAUUAGAAUUGAGAGAUAAUCAAAUUAUGAGCAUAGAAAAUUUAGAUGCACUUGUGAAUUUGGAACUUUUGGAUUUAUCAUUCAAUCGCAUUAAGAAGAUAGAAGGAUUAGAUAAUUUAUUAAAUCUACAAAAGCUGUUUUUAUCAUCCAAUAAGAUUUUACGUAUUGAAAAUGUUUCACACUUGGCAAAUCUUACAACACUGGAAUUAGGUGAUAACAAAAUACGUGAAAUUGAGAAUCUGGAGGGUCUUGAAAAGUUGACCAAUUUGUAUCUCGGUAAAAACAAAAUUACCAAAAUUCAAAAUCUGAGAAGUUUGGAAAACCUCUUAUUAUUAAGUCUACAAAGUAAUCGGAUUACAAAGAUUGAGAAUAUUGAGGAAUUAAAAAAAUUGGAUCAAUUAUAUUUAUCUGAAAAUGGUAUAACAUGUAUAGAAGGUAUAGAAAAUUGUCCAGGAUUAACAACAUUGGAUCUAGCUAAUAAUAAAAUUAAAAAAAUUCAAAAUAUGAAUCAUCUUAAAAAUCUUGAAGAAUUCUGGAUGAACAAUAAUGAAAUUGAAGACUGGAGUACGUUGGAUAUUUUAAAAGCCAACAAAAAAUUACAGACUGUGUAUCUGGAACAUAAUCCUGUUGUAAAGGAUCCAAAUUAUAGAAGAAAAAUUAUGUUAAUUUUGCCAUGGCUUGAACAGUUGGAUGCAACCCUUUGUAAGAGAAAAACAGGCCAACAGUGGAGAGAAUAACGAUAAGUAAAAUACAGCAGAUGGAAAUUUGAUGGAAUUCAAACCGCAUUGUUGUUAUCUUCUUUUAUAAUUCCCGAUAUACAUCUUCGUAGAGAUUUCGCCAUUUAAGAUUAAUGAUAAUGCUUAUAUAUUGAAAACAUGCUCGGUGUUAGAUUACUAUGAAAUUAUGCAAUACAGAAUUUUUUUUUUCUAUUUAUAUAGUUUACUUUUAAAAUCUUUCUUCUUUAUUGAAAGGAAAUAUGCAAAACUGCGAUCUAUGUGAUCUAUUCCACAAACAUCCUAAUAUAUAUCUUUUUGCUUUUUUAUAUAUACUUAUAUUACUACAUAUUAUGCAUUUUUGUUAAAAUUUUAUUUUGCAUAUAUAUUUAUCAUGAUAAAAAAUUAAUAUAUAUAGGUUUUUAAGUAUAGUAUUUCAGUUCUCUUCAGGAUAAUGUUUUAAUUUUUUUAAACUUGAUAAUCGAAUUUUUAUGAUCGUUAUAUUUUUAAUAAGAUAUAUUCAUAUUUUGUAGCAAAGUAUAAGGCAGAGCUUUGUACGUGCCGCAUUGUUAAUCUAUCUCUUGCGAUAACGAUUUGUUAUAAUGUAUAAUAAUCAUAUCAAAUAUUCUAAGCUUAUCCAAAUAAAUUAUUAUUAAAUGUCUUAAU